AUGGGCGACAAGGUCGCUUUCCUCUACGCGCCGGUCGGCUGGCAGCGCCCCGACAUGGGUCGCCAACUCUACGAGCGGGAGGCCGUCUUCCGGGAGGCGCUCGACGCGGCCGCGGCGGACCUCGGCGCGGCGGCGCCGGACCUGUUGGCGGCGCUCUACCCGAAGGCGAAAGGCGUCUACGACGGCGUCCUGGACGGGGCGCGCUACGCGCAGCCCGCGCUCUUCGCCGUGGAGGUGGCCCUCGACGCGCUGCUGCGGAGCCGCGGCGUGGCGCCCGACGCCGUGCUCGGCCACUCGCUCGGCGAGCUCGCGGCGGCCUGCUCCGGGAACGGCGAGGGCGCGAAGUGCGGGCCCCUCUCGCGCCGCGAGGCCGCCCGCAUCGUCGCGAUACGCGCGGCGCUGAUGGCGGAGCACGCGGUCGAGGGCGGCAUGACGGCCGUGCGCGCGUCGGCGGAGGAGUGCGCGGCGGCGAUCGAGGCGACCGCGGCGGAGUGCUGGGUCGCCGCCGUCAACGCCCCGCAGUCGACGGUGCUCGCCGGGCGCCGCCACGGCAUCGCGGCCGUCGUCGCGCGCUUGGGGCGCGAGUCGACGCGCGUGCGCGCGACGCACCCCGACCACACGCCGCUCAUGGACGGCAUUGGCCGCGAGCUCGCACGCGCGGUCCGGCUCCCCGACGCCUUCCCGACGGCGCUGGAGGUCUACUCCGGGGCGGCGGGCGGCCGCGUCGCCGCCAAGGCCCUGCGGACGGGCGCCUUCUGGCGGCGCCACGCGACGAGCCCCGUGCGCUUCACGGACGCCCUGAAGGCGCUCGCGGCGGGCGGCGUCCGCGCCUUCGUCGAGGUCGGCGAGGGCAUGCUCUGCGGCCUCGGCAAGGAGACGCUCGCCCGCGGCGUCGACCAGGAAGCGACGUGGGCCGCCGCGCUGGCCCGGGGCGGCGACGACGGCAAGGCCGUCGCCGCGUGCGUCGCGGCGGCGGCGCCGCCGCCGGAGCUCGUCGCGUGCCGCGUGGAGUCCGACGGCCCGGAGCCGGCCGUGGCCCUCAAGUUCCCGCGCCGCGCGUCCCUCGCGCACCUGCGCGCCUUCGUGGAGAAGGUCUACGGGAAGAAAAUAGAUCUGGUCGCCCCGGCCACGGAGCCGGCGCUCCGCGCCGCCGUCGCGGCCGGCGCCGUCGACGUCCGCGUGGCGGCCACCAAGAAGCGCGGCGCGCGCGCGGCGGCGCCCCGCCCGCAGAAGAAGAGCCCCAAGCUCGCGUCCGCGGCGACGCCCUUCUUCGCGGCGCCCGCGGGCGAGCCCGUCCUCGGCGCCGCCGCGCGGGCCCUGCGCGACGCGCUGCCGCUCCCGUCCUCGCUCCCGGAGCUCGACUUCCCGGCGGACUCCAUGGGCGGCCGCUGCCUCGACGCGUGGCGCUACCGGUGGGGCCAGCGCCUCGGGGACCUGUGGCUCUACGUGCCGCUCCCCGCCGGCACCGAGGCGAAGGACGUGCGCGUCGACGUCCACCGCGCGCGGCUGAGCGUCGAAAUACGGGGCGUCGUCCUCCACGCCGGCGCGCUCUGGAACGCCGGGGAGACGCACGGCGUCGACGUCGACGCGGCGGCGUGGGUCGUCGUGCGCCACGGGUGCGACCGCUUCGAGCGCGACGCGACGCCGGUCCUGCAGGUCGAGCUGCACAAGAAGAAGUCCGCUUGGUGGAAGGCCGUCUGGGCCGGGCACCCGACGAUCGAGCCCUGGGAGGUGCCGGGCUGGCGCGAGGCCACGCUCGGCGGCCACCGGUCCACGUGUGGCGGCCGUCUACACCCUCGACCCUGGGACUUGUUAAACGCGCGCGUCGCCGUUGCUGAUGCCGUCGGCGAGCUCCUCCGCGGGAAAAAGAAGAGCGGUACCGUUACGACGUGUGUUUCUGUGCGCUGGGCCUACCUCUCGCGCGCGUCGGGCAUGUGGAUCGGCAGUUCACGGCGAAGCGCGUCGUGGCGCGCGGGCGGCCAGGCGGCGCCGACGUGA